AUGGCGAGCGAGGAGAGCGAGGCCAUGGACCCGCAGCAGCUGUACACGAAAGAGUACUGCAUUGGCGGGGGUAGCUUUGGCAAGGUUUACAAAGGCGUCGAUAAACGGACCGGCCAAGCUGUCGCCAUCAAGAUUAUCGAUAUUGAAAGCGCAGAAGACGAGGUCGAGGAUAUUAUCCAAGAGAUCGCCAUAUUGUCCGAACUUCAAUCGCCAUACGUAACAAAAUACCAUGGUUCAUACGCACGUGGCGCCGAGCUAUGGAUUGUGAUGGAGUUUUGCUCGGGAGGGAGCUGCGCCGAUCUGAUGAAACCUGGCAAUAUUGGGGAGGACUACAUUGCGAUCAUUGUGAGGGAGCUUCUCAUGGGCCUGGAGUAUCUCCACUCGGACAAGAAGCUCCAUCGCGACAUCAAGGCUGCCAACGUGCUGCUCGCGUCCACAGGUCAGGUCAAGCUCGCCGACUUUGGCGUUUCGGGCCAGCUUUCAGCGACAAUGACGAAAAAAAACACUUUUGUCGGAACUCCCUUUUGGAUGGCGCCCGAGGUCAUUAAGCAGUCAGGGUACGAUCACAAGGCUGACAUUUGGUCAUUGGGUAUCACAGCCUUGGAACUGGCAAACGGCGAGCCGCCAUAUGCGGACAUACACCCCAUGAAGGUGCUUUUCCUCAUCCCCAAGAAUCCACCCCCACGGCUAGAAGGCAACUUUACAAAGGCAUUCAAGGAUUUCAUCGAGCUGUGCUUGCAACGUGACCCCAAGGAUCGGCCUACAGCGAAGGAUCUACUACGGCAUCCUUUUAUUAGAAGGGCGAAGAAGACAACAUACCUCACCGAGCUGAUAGAGCGUCACACGCGGUGGGCAGCGACGCAUAAGAAUGACGAAAACGACGAGAACGAUGAGUAUCACAACCAAGCUUCCGUCCAGCCCGAGAGACUGAACGAGGACAUGUGGGACUUUGGCACUGUCAAGCUGGUUGGAGACAAAGGUGGCCUCUUCCACCGGCCGGGGCUCAAUCCACUGAACGAGAACGGCACAAACGCGCGAUCGUCGCGCACCCCGGAAAGUGCGGAUGAUUAUGGCGAGAGGCGGCGUGAGCCGAGUCCCAUCAAGAAUAGGGACUUUGCGCUUCAGCCCAAUGACACCCUCAAGGCGGGUAGCAAUACGGGAACAUCGCGGCAGACGAGCCCUGUGCGGAAGCCUGUGCCCGCCCAAAUGUCACCGACAAAGGUGCCCUUGCCAGCUAGUCCGGCCAAGCCACGAGAAGAUGCCAUGGAGACACCACGACCCCACAAAUACGCACCACCCAUGCUUCAAGCGUCCCCAGACUACGACCGAGAGCUUCAGGCACAGCUGCAGAGGGACAUGGGGAUGAUCAACCUAAAUCUGGCUCCGUCGCUGCGUGGGGAGAAUUCGCAAACACCAACGCCUGAGAAGCCCCAACCACCUCCACAUCAGUCACAGGCCAGUUCGCCAACUGCUCAUGCUCCCUCGCUGAGCUUGCAAGAGAUACCGCCGUUUAGAGGUGCAUCACCAGCGCCGCAGCGUGUGCCAUCACAGUCCAUGCCGAGAGCAACACCCAUUCCUCAGACUUCUGUCGCGCAAAAGCCGCUACCGAUGCCCGAGAUAUCAACGACGCCAAACUCGUUCCCCACACCCGCGCCUGCGAAUCCUAAUGGCGAGCUGGAUGCGCUGAAUGAUGUCAUGUUCCCGGCUCUAGAGGAGGCUCUGAAGCGGCGCCAGAUUCGCGUGCAACAGCUGUGUCCUCCAGGGCAAGCGCAGACUCCUGAGCAGCAACGCGCCGAAGCUGCGCACGAGAGGGUGCGGAAGCUGGUCUUUAAGCUGGCGCAUGUGUGCAAGGAAAUUGACCACUAUGAUAAGGCGGAACCUGUGGGCAUGGGUCGAGAGGUUGGCAGCUUUCUCGAGGGUCUCCUGGAGGAGAUACUGGUCCGAGUUGAGCCGCUCGAUGAAGAGGAUAUGCAAUGA